GUCUGCUUUGGCGGGCUUCCUUGCCGCUCUGCACCUGACACCCCUCAGUUAAGUGUGAGGCUGCCUGUCAUUUGCGGUGCUUCUUAAAAGAGAGGGCGAGUGAAUGAGAGGGUGGAAUCUGCAUGGGAAACUCGGGUGGUGUAAGUCUGCGCAGCGUGCUCAAGGUCAUCCCCAGAAAGCGCAGCGCCGCGUCCCGAUGAAAAAUUGAGAGUGACAGCACGCCCCUGGAGACACACUGCCUGGAAACAGCCACACCGCUGCAAGGGCAAGGACAUUUAGUAGCAGCAGCAGCAGCAGGACUAGGAUCAGGAUGGUGCGUGCCUGGUACAUGGAUGACAGCUUGGAUGACCAGAGGCUGGAGCACCAGCUCAGCCCACCACAGUCUGUGUCACUGGAGGACCUGGCCAAGAACACAGGCGUCAUGUAUUACAAGUUGGACCCAAAAAAGUAUGAGGAGGAGGGCAAGCUGAGUCGCAUCAAGGAGGAACGUGGGUACAACUACAUGGACGUGAUACAGGUGUCCCCUGAGAAGAUGCACAAUUAUGAGGAGAGGAUCAAAGUGUUCUUUGAGGAACACCUUCACACAGAUGAAGAGAUACGCUUCAUCACGGAAGGCUCUGGUUACUUUGACGUGAGAGAUCAGGAGGACCACUGGAUCAGGAUUGAAGUCACUCCUGGAGACCUGAUCAUCCUACCAGCCGGUAUCUACCACCGCUUCACCCUUGACACAAAGAACUACAUCAAGGCGAUGCGUCUGUUCACUGGAGAGCCGGUGUGGACGCCCCACAACCGCCCCGCAGACAACAUGGAGGCUCGCAAAAACUAUGUUUUGCAACAGAGCAAAGGCUUCAUGGUGAAGUAAAUGUGGAGCAUGCCAUCAAGCUAAUGAGAAGCACCUAGGUAACUAACAUUGGUAGUAUGUCCUUGAGGUACAAAAUGGGGUGUGAUGGCAGCUAGGCACAGGAUGGUUGGGGGUUGUCUGAUGCCCACUGCUGCUGCUGUUCGAGGCUGUGGAUGCCAGACUUCUUUCUGGCCUCUCGUCAAUUUUAUAUGGAACUUUUGUUAAUAAUAUAUAUUCAGAGUAUAUCUUGUUGGUAAUUAUAGGUCAGUAUAUUAGUGCAAUGGAUAGUUGACAUUUUUAAAUGAAUGCAUCUUAAGUAUAAAAAUCUAUAAUUGUAACUUACUAAUUGGAAGAUUAGAUAUAUUUUAGUGUAUGAAAAAUCUGCCUAGUGUAUAUAUAUAUAUAUAUAUAUAUAUAUAUAUAUAUAUAUAUAUAUAUAUAUAUAUAUAUAUAUAUAUAUGAAAAUACAUGCAGUUAUAAAAAUAUUUGACUUUGAAGUUUGAAUUGAUGUUGUAUGGGCAUUACGAAUGUUUUGGCCUAAACCUGAGAGCAGUUGCUUGUAAAGCAUAAAAGUACAACUUCCUUGGUACAAACCACUCUUCCUCCCAACACAUGCACACUGGAGAUGAAUUAGAUAUUCUGUAUCUGCAUAAUUUUGAAACCACAUAUGUGUUUGAGAUUUGAUAAACACCUCCAUCCUUACAGUUCACAAACAAGAUGUUACAAAUGUAAGAAAAAUUACAUUAUUGAGGACUUCUUAUCACUGUCAUGGAAUGCUGUAACAGUCAGAAAUCACACAGUAAAAUAUGGUGAAAGUGCUGUUUGAAAAAGAUAUCAUAAUCUAUAGCAAGUAUUGUGAAAGAAACCCAUUCAUGAGAUAUCAUCCAUGUAUCUCAGAAUUCAGACAUCUGAUUCACCUUCAACACACAUUUGCUCUGGUCAGCUUGUUAAACCAACCAGGCUUUAAUGCACAUUAUGCUAUCACUUGCUUAUUCCAAGCACAAAAUAUACUCUUGGUAGCUUGCUGGAUAAAAUUAUGCAAUUACUUUAGCUUAUCAAGAGAGAGAGAGAGAACAUAUUUUCCAUGAUCCAAAACAUUCCAUUAUUAUUUCCUUUAUUUGUUUUUCUGUAGCCUAAAAUUUGAAAUUACAUGACUAUUUCCCACAUCUGUAGUAAGUAUGGACAUAUCUCUCUACAAGUGGCCUUAUCACAACAAUUAAGUACAUGAAUUUUCAGCUGUGAAAUUGAAAAUAAAUGUUAGCUUGGUAGUAUAGCACAUGGCCCUUUGUUGUGGUAAGUAUAGAUGCCAUGGUUUGUGUGAUGAAAGAUGUAUCUUGUACUUUUUGAUCCCAGGGUUGUUAUUGGUGCAAUAAAUAUCUGUGACAAA